GCGGCGGCCGCUGUCGGGGCCCUGGGGCCGGCCCGGGCCGGCGGGGCCCGGAAGGCGCCGCGCUCCCUCCCGGCUGCUGAGUGGCGGCGGCGCGUCACGUGUGCGCGGCCGGGCCGGGCCGGGCCGGGCCGGGAGGCGGCAGACGGCACAGCCCGGGGCGCGGCGCGACAUGUCCCACCAGACCGGUAUCCAAGCUAGUGGAAGUGUUAAAGACACCUUUGUUGGAGCCAGAAAUGGACAAUACAGGCUUCUAAAAAUAGUCAUUGACAAUGAGCAGCUUGUUGUGGGAUCCUCUAGGCGGCCGGUUGGAUCAUGGGAAAAGGAUUAUGAUUCCUUUGUCCUUCCCCUUCUUGAAGACAAACAGCCAUGUUAUAUAUUAUACAGAUUAGAUUCUCAGAAUGCUCAAGGAUAUGAAUGGAUCUUCAUUGCAUGGUCACCUGAUCACUCUCCUGUUCGUCAAAAAAUGUUGUAUGCAGCAACACGUGCAACACUUAAGAAAGAAUUUGGAGGUGGUCAUAUUAAGGAUGAAGUAUUUGGAACGGUACAGGAUGAUGUUUCACUGAAUGGAUAUAAAAAAUAUUUGAUAUCACAGGCUUCCCCUGCACCUCUGACUGCAGCAGAAGAGGAACUUCGGCAAAUUAAGAUUAAUGAGGUACAAACGGAUGUUGGUAUAGAUACCAAGCAUCAAACACUGCAAGGAGUAGCAUUCCCCAUUGCUAAAGAAGCUAUUCAAGCUUUGGAGAAAUUGAAAAAUAAGAAACUCAAUUAUGUGCAACUGCAAAUUGAUAUGAAAAAUGAAACUAUUAUUUUGGCCAACACACUUCACACUGAACUGAAGGACUUGCCAAAAAGAAUUCCAAAGGAUGCUGCGCGUUACCACUUUUUCCUGUAUAAGCAUACCCAUGAAGGAGACUAUUUGGAAUCCAUAGUGUUCAUCUACUCUAUGCCAGGCUAUACCUGUAGUAUACGAGAACGAAUGCUCUACUCCAGUUGCAAAAGUCCACUGUUAGAAAUUGUAGAAACACAGUUGUGGAUGCAGAUAAUCAGGAAAAUUGAAAUAGAUAAUGGUGAUGAGUUAACUGCUGACUUUCUUUAUGAGGAGGUUCAUCCAAAACAACAUGCUCACAAACAAAGUUUUGCUAAACCAAAAGGUCCUGCGGGGAAGAGGGGAAUACGAAGACUGAUUAGAGGUCCAGCAGAGACUGAAACACCUAGUGAUUAGAAACUGUUGUUUGCAUUUAAGUAUUACAUUAAGAAGCGAAAUUCUGGCUUUUGGCAAUGAACUGAAAUCAUUCCAUUCAUAGAUGUUAGGGAAAAAAAGGCUCUUCUUACUCUUCUCUCUUCUGACCUCAACACUUUUUAUAUUGUUACAUGAUUAUAUUUGUUGACCAUGUUUUAUGACAUGUGGAAGAGCUAAUAGUUUUAAAGCUAGAAGAGAAAAACUAAGCUAGUAGCCGUUUAUUUUCAAUUAGAAUCCAUUAUUUAAUAUCUGUACAUUUGGUCAUAAACUUUGCAGAUGUAAGACUAUUAAGCCCAUGUAUUCUGUGGUUACAUUGCAACUGAAUGCCUAGAUAACAAACCUGUAUUCUUAUGAGUAACCUAUUGAAAUCCGUAAGACUUUCCAUGUGAGAAGAGCUGAAGGGCUAUAUAGAAUUGUCCCAGAUAACUUUAUUUUUCCUUGUAGCUCUUAUGGACAAUAGUACAAUGGGUGGCUUUCUUCUGGUUUUGACAUGAUGCAUUGUUGGGUUUUGUUGUUGUUUUGUUUGGGGUUUUUUUGGUAAUAGAAAAUAUAAACUAAAAUCCGGUAUCAAGCAUUUAAUAUAAGUGUUGAGGAAUAGUUGGAUAUUCUCCCACACAAAAGCAUGGUCACUUAAAAUGUAUAACUAAUUUCUCGGAAUUGUCUUUAAAAGAAAUCUGACAUAAAACCACUACAGCUUUUCCAGACUUCUAUACCACUUGUAAGCCUUACAUAUUAAGUACUGAAUGGCCAAGUAAAAGGUAAUUAAAAGUGCAUGAGUUAGUAUACUCAGUAGAUUAUGGAGCUGCUUUCAAAGCAAUAUACUUAAGGUUUCUAAUAAAUAAUUGAUUAUCUGUGCACUUGGAUCUAAAACUGUGUAAAUUCAGGAAAAAAUGAAUCAGACUUCAUAAUGGUGGGUUAUUUUUGAGACCCUAGUGUGUUUGCAGUAUCAACUGCAAUUUUAACUUUCAAGGUGUUCCAAAAAUGACUUUUCCUAAAUGUUUGAACUUGAAUAGUAACUUAAAUCUGUAACAAAAUCCAAGUAGGUAUUGAAUAACUGCUGACAGCAUCUGGUUAGGAUUUUGUCUUUUUUAUUUUCUCCUCUGAAAUACUAAAAUCAGCCAGAAAAGCGUAGACUUGAUUGAACUAUGAAUAACGUGUUUAAUAGGAAAAGGAAGAAUAGAUUAUUUUAAUAAGUAGAUUAAAGAAGAAUUAGAUGUGGAAAUCAAGUAUUGGAUGACCUUAAAUAUUUAAAAUUGUGUAAUGAUGCCAAUACUAGUGGAUAGAUUAUAUUCCCCAGUGGGGACUUACUUUUUACUGUCUUGUAUGUGAGCUUUGUGGGUUUUGAAUUAUUUUUUGUUAAAUCUACAUGGGAGUUGCAAGUCUUGGUUCACUGCAUAUUAUCAUAGGUGCUGGGUGUACACAUUAUAUAGCUGAAUCAUGUGUUUACCUGGUGGGUUUUAACCUAGUUUUGAGGGAAAUAAUGCUUUGACACUACUAGUUCCUGAUAAAAUUUAUUUUAUUUUGUUUGGAGAUACUAGCUCAUUCAUUGCACUACAGAAUGUGAAGAUUGCAGUAGUCGUUGGUUUGGCUGUGUUUUUAUAUAUGCAGUAGAAAUUUGACACCUCAGCUGUUUUCAUUUAAUCUCACACACUACAUCAAUCCAAUUCAAUAGUUCUUGAUCCUCCGCUAAUCUCCUGCUUGCCCUUAGCUACCAGGUUCUCUUUCUGCCUCUUGCCUUCUCCCUCUUGGGCAAGGAGCUGGUCCUUGAACUGUUUUUUCUAUGUACUACCUGUCAGGUAAAUAUCAUUGUUUUUUAAGCAUGGUUAAUAUGUGUGCAGCUCAUUGUACACUGUGAUUAAGUGUAUUUUUAGUUGAGCUCUGAAUCUUUUCAGCACACCUAAUUCCCUUUUUUAUUUUAAGGGAAAUCUUUCAGUGUAGCAGUUAAAAGUGACUGCUAGAGGGGUUUUUGUUUGGAUUUAGUAUCCAUGCCCACAUGUCAUCCCUACCAAGACUCCAUAUACAUUCUUCCACUUAUUUGAGCCAGUAAAGAAGUUGAGCUUUUCAAUACCAGAUGUUUUAAAUAAUGAACAUUUGACCUGAUAUGGUUAUGUGCAUGUUGUGUUUUGUUUUUUUUCUUCCUAAUCCUGCCCUAAGUAGAUGAGGAUGGGAGGUAGAGAGCUUAAUCUGGAGGUUGGUGAGAGCUGGUUAAGUGAUUAUGCGAGGGUGUUUAUAAUGAGCUGCUUUAGAGUUUGGCCCAAACCAGACACUGUAAAUUAUCUCACUUGCAAAUAUUCUACAUGGGUGUGCAAACCCCUGACCAGCCACUAGAGCCAUGUCCUGAGCAUCUUUCCCCCUCACCUUUCCCCUAAAAGAGAAUUUCAUGAAGUCUUGCACUGCCGCCUGCCUCUCUAGGCCUCUUGUAGCUCUUCUCCUGACAAAGCAAUAAGAAGCAUCUGAACUUUUUGUGAGAUCUAUCACGUUUAUAUCUGCAUAGUUGCCUCACAUGACACUACUACUGUUACUGCACGUUCAGAGCCAGCACAAAACGAGGGCAUUAAUGACAGUUACUCCUUUUCUGUCUCUGGUCAUUUCAUAAUUGAAAAAGUGUCCAUUCAAAUUGUUGUUUGCCUUCAUAAAGCCCAAAAGCAAUGCAGCUGCUUACAGUUAACUCACAAGCUAUUAAUUAGUUAAUUAACACCACAGGUAGUUGUUUUUGAAAUGUUUGUUUCAAGGUAGGGAGAAUUUGAUCUUUUAAAACAGUCCUAUCAGAGGCUUUUAAAACUAAUCAAGGUAAUAAUUGCUCUAUUACUUGGAUAAACAGAUCAAUAAAGGAAAUUCUUGAUUUAUAGUGUCUAUGUAUUCAAUGAAAACCACCUUCAGAUGCUAAAAUUAACAAAGUUUACCUUAUCUAUUUUGUAAUUUACUUUAUAAAUAAAGACUGAUGCUGUAA